AUGCCGCAGAACAAGUUUAUGAGCAGUUAUGCUAAUAAUAGCGUUCAAAGUAAUAUUUAUAAUUUCAAUUCACAUAUAGAAAGCAAUUAUUAUCAACCUUUAUCUUCAUGUACGAAUAACUUGGAUAUAAUUCAGGCAAACCAGCGCCCAUUUAUUUUACAUAAACAAUUUACACCGCCACAAACUCCAAAUAAUCUGCGUUAUGCUUCUUUAUCACCAUUUUCUAGAUUGGAUAAUUUACAGUUUAAAAGAGGACCUAAUAAUAUAUUAAUUAAGAAAUAUUCGACACCAAUUAUUAUGCCCUCCUUAACUUCAAGGCGUGAUGGUUUGAAUACGCCUUCCGUUUCAUUUAAAAAUUUUAACGAAUUUCAAUAUUGUAAUAUACAGGGUUCACAAUCAUCCCCAUAUAAUUCACAUGCAGUUCCAGGAGCAUCUGGCUCAAGAGAAACUCACUUUGCCUUUAAACAGUCGAAUGUGAUUUUAUCAGAUAAUAAAAUAGAAAAGAACUCGACUGAAAAAACAAGUACAGUUAUACCUACAAAUUAUAAUUUAAGUAAGAAAAUAUCGAAAGGUGGGAAAUCUUCUAUUUCUAUUAAUACCCCAAACUUACGAUCAAACAAUGGAAAUGUUAAUCAUGGUGUGGCUAGGGGUGAAAACGCUCCAAAAAGUGCUCAACACAGCUCUUUUUUAAAAAAUGUGGAGCAGUCGGAUACAAAAUAUAACAAUAAUGGCACCAAUUCGGGAUGCCCCUCAGAAACUUUUUCCCAACUUACUUCAAACAAUGAAAUAAUUGAGGUAAAAAAAGACUUAAUAGAAAGAGUCCCAGAUGCGAGUAAUGGCGUUUUACAAAGAUUAAAACCAAAUGAAUAUAUAAAGAUGGAUGACCUAGUACUGGAGCCCGCUACCCAGAGAGGAUCAUUCGGAGUUGUUUUUAAAGGCAGAAUUAGGUCUGGGGUAUGGUCUAAUAAGGAAGUUGCAGUAAAACGGUGGAAAUUUGAUAAUGAAAGCAGAAUCACAGAAGAACAUUUUAAAUCACUUGAAAGGGAGGUUUAUGCAUAUAGAUUAUUACGCCAUCCGAAUAUUUGCUCCUAUAUCGGCGUUUGUUUAGAGCCAGGGUUUUAUGCGAUAAUUACUGAAUACCUCGCAAAUGGAAAUCUGUUCGAGCUAUUGUAUGAAAAUAAAGUCUUAGUUUCUGCUUCCGACAGAUUAAAAAUCUCAAGACAGCUUUGUGAUGCAGUAAACUUUAUUCACCGAAACAAUAUGAUUCAUCGUGAUAUAAAAACGGCGAAUAUAAUUCUUGAUCAUUCAAAUAAUGUUAAACUAUGUGAUUUUGGUCAAACUAGAACAAUGAAUAUUUUAACAAAGACCAGUUCAUUUGGAGUUAUUCUGGAUGAAAACGGUGGAUCACCCAGGUAUAUGGCACCCGAGUGCUUUUAUAUUGGAAAGUCUAUAGAUGAAAAAUCAGAUGUAUGGGCGAUUGCAUGUUGUUUGUUAGAAAUUUUUGGUGGUCCCAUACCCUUUUUUGAAUGUUCUUCAAAUGAAGAAGUAAUUAACGCAGUAGUAGUAGAGAGAAAGAAACCCAAAAUUCCUUCAUGGUUUCAUCCAUCUAUAUCUAACUUACUUUCCAGAUGUUUUGAAAGGAAGCCUUUAAAUAGGCCGUCUUCAUAUGAAAUUUUAAUGAUCCUAAAUGGGUUAAAUUCGGAAGAUAUCAGAAAGUAUGGUAUGAAUGUAAAAAGGAACAUCAAUGGUGACUUGGAACCAGGAAAUAAUGUAAAUUGCACUAAUGGCAACAUAGGGAAUGGAAGGAGAAUAGUAGGAAACUGUAUAGGGGUAGCGCAGCAAAAAAGGAUAGUCGUUAGAGCACCUACAUCCGCAGAUUAA